CUGACUUCAUCCAUGUGUGUCCAUCAAAUGUAACGAAAACAUCUCUGUCUGUCGUCUUGAUUACCUAUCGCGCACACGAGACUGCCCGUCCGUCACGUCUCACUGAGAUGCAUCAGAGUCUGUCGCACACGGCCCUUUCUGUACAGACAACCCUGCACACGAGUACGGCAACAGACGCUCCACCGGGAGUGUAUAUCUAAUCAACUGGCAGCACCCCAUCUCGCCGCACUCUAGCAAAGCUAGCAGCGUGGCCUUCACCCCCGUCGACAGCUCUUAAAAACAUUUAUAUCGACACACACAUCCAUCAAGCUGUCUGUCUGUCUGUCUGUCUGUCUCAACAAGGGCCAAGGUCCUCUCUGGCUGUCUGACCGUCUCACUCCUGACUAAUGGCCAAUGCGAUCCCAUGAGGCGUGUGUGGACACGCUCACCACAGAAACAAAGACAAACAGAAAAGGUGCGAUGUGCGUAUGGACACCGAUCUGUCGCUGCAGAGUACAUGAGUUGCUGGCUGUGUGUCAUCCGUCCUGACGGCUGAUGGCCCGGCGGAUCCGGAUCCGGAUGAAGGCCAUGUCGGCGAUGCCCCCGAAGAUGGCCUCUCGUGCCGCACCGAUCAGUGCCGCCUCCACUCUCCCCUCAUGAGACCCAUCGCUGUCUUGGGGCGGCUCCACCAGCAGCGACAUGCUCAUGCCUGAUAUGCCAUACUGCCCAGACGACACACACAGACACGGACGAAACUCAUGUGCCGCAUCUGUGUGUAUCAUGUGUCGACUGACCUCUUUGACUUUGUCGAUGACGUGUUGCAGUUUGUCGCCGUGCCGCUGCCUCUUGUCGGCCGCCAUCAUGUCCAUCUCACGCUCAAUGGCCGACACCAGACGAGCUGAGUCCCACGACUGACUUAGGUCCAAGCCUCCGUCCCCCCUCACACCAUCCCCAGGUGGCCACUGGACGAACCCGCGCCGCUUGAGUGACUGCAGGAAGCGCCGCAGCUGCGAUAUGAUGACGAGUGCGAUGCCCUUGUGGAGGCCGAGGUCGCGGCCGAUGUCCUCACACGCCGCCACACUGUCGAUGUCGUCCAACAUGUCCAACAAACUCACUGCCAAACCGACCUCCAACUCCUGCACACACAGAAGAGACAACACACACAUUCAUACCGACUGUCAUGUGUGUUGCUCGUUGCUGACCAUGAUAUUGUCGGCUACGUGUCGCAUGUCGGGUGAUGCGUCGGCCUUGAGCAGCUCCACCAGGUGAACCUUCGUCAACUCAUCGAACGGAAUCACCUCCCCCUCGCGGUUGCCGUCGCCACGUGCACCACCCCGCCCGCCGUCAUCCAUCAUGCGAUCGGCCGUGGUCGGCUCUCGGGCAUCAGGUGCGUGUGGGUCAUUCACUGGUGGACGGGGCGGUGGCAUCGUCACGUCGGCGUCGAGUGUCUGGUCGCCAGCAGGCAGCUGCUCGUCAUCUGCCGCCUUGAGUCGCUUGGGCCUGGGUGGUGUGGUGUGUUGCUGCCGAUUGGUCUUCUGAAGCUGUUUGAUGAAUCGACUGGCGGCUUCCUUGAUGUCCUCGCCGUCACGCUGCCCCACCAUGGCCGGCAGCUCGUGACGCACAAACGAGUCGAUGGACGCAAAGCUCAGAGAGGGGACGGCCGCCAGCAUCGCCCCAAUGUUGUGACCCACUUGACCAAACAGGCGACAGAGGACCAUCCGCUGGGCGUGUGUCAUGGGCUGCUGGUCCUCAGUGCCGUCCAUGUCCAUCUCCUGCUGGCGGCAUGCCCAAGCGGCAUCGAUGGCCGCCCCCAUGGCCUCCCUGGUGGCCGCUGAGAGGGGCACCGACUGCACUGGGGUGCCAGGCAGGACCACCUCGACGGCCAGCUGUGGCAGGGCAGACCCACUCCUGAAGCGCAGACAAAGGGGGGCGUGUCGGGAUGGGCUCGGCCGAG